ACCUGGGGGAUCCCAGGGGAUCUGCCCUGGGGGUCUGAAAUGGGGGUUCCAGACCAUUUCCCUGUGGUUCCUGUGGGUCCUGACCUGGGGGAUUUGAGGGAAUCUGCCCCGGGGGUCCCGGCAGUUGUGUCCCAAGGCUCUGGCCCGCGCGAUGUCCCCAGAGCAGCAGUGUCCCCUGUCCCCACAGGCGAUGGGGGCAUCGGAGCCGCCCAACUUCUCGUGGGUGGUGGAGGGCCGGCUGGCGGGGCUGGCGAUGCCGCGGGAGCCGGGGCACUACCGCUACCUGCGGGAGCGCGGCGUGCGGCACCUGGUGUCGCUGACCGAGCGCGCCCCGCCGCACCACGGCUGCUGUCCCCAGAUCCGGCUGCACCGGCUCCGCGUGGCCGACUUCACCCCGCCGAGCCCCGAGCAGAUCCAGAGCUUCCUGCAGAUCGUGGAGGAGGCCAAUGGCCGCGGGGAGGCCGUGGCAGUUCACUGCAUGCUGGGCCACGGCCGGACGGGCACCCUGCUGGCCUGUUACCUGUGCAAGGAGCGGCACCUGGCCGGCGGCGACGCCAUCCGCGAGAUCCGGCGGCUCCGGCCGGGCUCCAUCGAGACGGCGGAGCAGGAGCAGGCUGUGAUGCACUUCUGCCAGUGCCUGCAGUAGGUGCCACCCUCCCGGGGGUCCCCUGUCACCAUGGGGGUCUCUUCCCCCAGCUGUGGCUUCCAAAUGUCCCCAGGCCUCGCUCACCGGUGGCAUCUGCCACUCCGCAGCCCUGGGCACCUGAGCACAGGGAUGGGAUGAAUGGAAUUGGGCACCCCGAAGUGCUGGGUGUUCCCAGCACCAUCUGUUCCUUCCUGCAUUAAAGGACUGGCCUGUG